AUGUACCAACCAUCGAAAAGCUACAAGACCGCGCAAACGACAAACCGACAAGAGGACGGAAAUAAACACCUGACCCGAUCCGGCUGGUUGUCACCAUCACGCAAUCGGGCGCCUCCGGACAGCGUCCUCAUCCAACACAAUCUUGUCAAAUCUCCUGGCGAUACGAUCAAGAAGCAGGAAAACAUCAUAGAAUACAAGUUUUCAUGGCGGCGCAAAGUCGGCGACGAUACCUGGGUCGACGAGACUACUUAUACCGAGUAUGACAGCCCUGCCGAGGGCAAGCUCAAAGAAUGGCGCAUCAAGGAGGGCCAGGUCAUCGCUGCCGACAUUCCCUGCAUGACGGUCGAGGAAGCCUGCGGCCACGAGGUGCAGAUACAGGGAAUGUGCAGUCUCUGCGGCGCUGACAUGACCGAAACCAACUGGGCGUCCGAACAGCGCGAUUCCGAGCGCGCCAUGAUCAACAUGACUCACGACCAGACAGGCCUCAUGGUCAGCGCGAGCGUCGCCAAAAAAGCCGAACACGACACGCAAAAGCGACUGCUACGACAGCGCAAGCUCAGCCUUGUUGUCGAUCUGGACCAGACCAUAAUUCACGCCUGCAUCGAACCAACAGUCGGCGAAUGGCAGCGAGACCCAUCAAAUCCUAACCACAGUGCCGUCAAGGACGUCAAGAGCUUUCAGCUCAACGAUGACGGCCCGCGUGGCCUGGCCUCGGGCUGCACAUAUUACAUCAAGCUACGACCCGGCCUGAAGGAGUUUCUGGAAGAAGUGGCUAAAAUGUACGAGCUCCACGUCUAUACCAUGGGUACCCGUGCCUACGCACUGAAUAUUGCGAAAAUCGUGGACCCUGAUCGAAAAUUGUUCGGCAAUCGUGUCAUCAGCCGAGACGAAAACGGCAGCAUCACAUCCAAGAGCUUGGCUCGCCUGUUCCCCGUCAGCACGGACAUGGUAGUCAUUAUUGAUGACCGAGCCGAUGUCUGGCCUAUGAACCGGCCCAAUCUCAUCAAGGUUGUGCCAUACGACUUUUUUAAGGGCAUUGGUGACAUCAACGGCAGCUUUCUGCCCAAGCGCCAAGAUCUCUUGCCUGCCCCAACCAAGUCCAAUGGCGCUGCGAAAGCAGCAGCCGACGGCGUGAGCAAGAAAAAGUCACCGAUCGACGAUGUUGCUCGCCUACAGGAGGAUUCUAGUCUGGAGGACCAGGCUGCCGAGCAAGAGAAGACUCUAGAAAAGCAGCUGACCGACAGACCAUUGCUGCAUAUGCAGGAAGAACUAGACAAGGAAGAUGAAAAGACUGCGCAGGAGACAGAUGGCGCAGAUGCCGGCCCGCCACCUCAGCGACACAAUGUCCUUAGCGACGACGAUGAAGAGCUGGUCGCUCUCCAAGACCACCUCACAGACAUCCACACAUCCUUUUACGAAACAUACGACCGCAGACGAGGCGAGCGCCAGGAGGCUCAGCCGACACAUCCGCCUAGUAACAGCAACGCACAUCGUAGGCCUUCCGUGGAUGAUGGUGUGGACCUGUCCAUGGUGCCCGACGUCGGCGACAUUUUGGACGAGAUCAAGUCAAAUGUGCUUUCUGGCCUCGUCAUUGUGCUGUCCGGACUUGUACCACUCGGUGUCCCAGUCGAAGAGUCUGAAAUAGGAAUGCAAGCUCAAUCCUUUGGCGCUCAGGUAUUGAACGUGGUAUCGAAGCGCGUCACGCAUCUCGUUGUCUCCACGUCGACUCCGCGCACAAACAAAGUCCAACAGGCUGCAAAAAUAUCCAGCAUCAAGAUUGUGAACCAAAGCUGGCUCACAGACUGCCUCAGCCAAUGGCGGCGCCUCGACGAAAGCCCUUACUACCUUGCCAUCUUGGACGCAGAUCGCGAAAAGUCAAAUGACACAACAGAGCCCACCUCUGAGGCUGAGGAGGCAGACACGGAAGCCAAGGAUCUCAAAGACUUUGACUGGGAUAUGGCGGACAAGGACUUGCAAGACUUCUUGGAAGAUGACGAAGAGGGUGACUCCGAACUAGAUGGCGGCAACGAUGGCGACGAUUCACACAUUGACAGCGGAUCAAUAACUGAGAGUGACAGCGACGCUUCUGACAGCGCACGGAAGAAGGGGCAUAAGCGCAAAGCUGGCGAGGCCAAGGUCGACGAAGGCGACUCGGACACAGACGGGAGCGUCGCGGGCGAGAGUGUAUUGGCUAAGAAACAGCGCCUGUCUCGCAGCCGUGGCACCUCGGCUCUACGAUCCGUACAGUCGUCCAACGACAACCUGGCCGGCGCUGGCGAGAACGGAGCUCUGUCGCGGCCCAAUGGCCAGGAGGAGCAAGCAAAUGCAGACGAAGAGCUUGGCUUCGACGAGGAAGAUCUGGAGAGAGAUCUGUUGGCUGAAUUGGAAGCGGCAGAAGACUGA